GUGGAAAUGAGAAGCCACCACAGCUCCAGUGAGGACCUGCUCCCCAGACUUUGCCGACUCGAGAGUGGCUCUCUUUCUUCGCUGUUAUUAUUGAGCAGUUGACUCUUUACAGUUUGUUUCUUCACUUGGAAGGCAACCGGACGGUUGGAAAAAUGAGACUAAAUGUUGCUAUUUUCUUUGGGGCUCUCUUCGGAGCUUUGGGGGUUUUGUUGUUUUUGGUAGCGUUUGGAUCGGACUAUUGGCUUCUCGCGACCGAAGUGGGCAGGUGUUCAGGUGAACAGAAUAUAGAGAACAUCACUUUUCACCACGAAGGCUUCUUCUGGAGGUGCUGGUUCAAAGGCGUUGUGGAGGAGAACAACUCCAACAUCUGGAAGUUCUGGUACACCAACCAGCCGCCAUCCAAGAACUGCACACAUGCUUACCUGUCCCCGUACCCCUUCAUGAGGGGUGAGCACAACUCCACCUCCUAUGACUCCGCAAUUAUUUACCGUGGCUUCUGGGCGGUCCUGCUGCUCCUGGGGGUCGUGGCUGCCUUGACUGGAAGCUUUCUGAUCAUCUGCGCAGCCCCCUUUUCCAGUCACUUACUUUAUAAAGCCGGAGGAGGCUCAUACAUUGCCUCAGGUGUCCUGUUUUCCCUGGUGGUGAUCCUGUACGUCAUCUGGGUCCAGGCAGUGUCUGACAUGGAAAGCUACAGAGCCUCGAAAAUGAAAGACUGCUGGGAGUUCACGCCUUCUGUUCUGUACGGCUGGUCGUUUUUCCUGGCCCCGGCUGGAGUAUUCUUCUCUCUGCUCGCUGGGCUACUCUUUCUUGUUGUUGGGUGGCAUAUCCAGACGCAUCACUAAACCUUUGCCACUGCGGUUUUUCAGGAGAUGUUUCACAGUACCAUACUCCCCCUGUGCGUUUUGUGUUAGCAAUGGUAGCUGCAGAAAAUUAGUGGAUGUACAUUUGGAGUUGUUAUUCCUCAAUGAGUCAUUUUACUUGUGAUUUCUCCUCAUGAGGAAAGCCUUUGACUUCUCUAGAACCCAAAGUUGUCUGUGCUGGCGAGGAGCUAGUUCUCCAGGGAGCAGGUAGUGGGUCCAUCCUGCGGUUUGGUGUAAACACAGGGUGUGUAAUGUGAUCACCCACAGCAAACCAAACUAGGUUGAAUGUCUCCUUGACAUUCGUUUCUACUAUUUUUUAAAACAGGGAGAAUAAUUAAUGGGAAACAAAUGCCUCACAACUUGCUUUGUUCCUUCUCCACCUUCAUGCCCUGAUACUUACCCACUGACUUCUGUGAGCCAAUGAUUCAUUCUUUAAAAAUAGAUAGCAGUUGUUCUUGUUAUCAGAGCUCUGGACUCCCUAGUUCAAAAGGGCCACGACAAUAAUACCAAACGUGGCUACUCUAAUUUAUUACCAGCUGCAUCAGCUGAGAUUUUUCUUGAUUGUGUAUGCUUACAGAAACCUUACACUGUUGGAAAGCAGCAAACUCACACAGCAAAGUGCAUACAAUGCAGAUUAGAACUGUGUGAAGUUAAGGGGAGGGGAGAGAACCCCAGAUUGUAAUAAGGUUUAAAAUUUGUAAAAGCCAAGAGCCUCAGCUUAGCCCAUAAUUCCGUCUAAUACUUUAAACUUCCCAUUUAAAACUUAAAUUGCCAAGAUGUUCAGCACAUUUAAAUUUAUUGAGAGAACGUGCUUUUAAUAUUGUCCAGCUAUAAAGUUUCCAGAUACUUCCAUGUGAGGAUUAUAAUAGCCUUGCUUUCUGAAGACCGCGGCGUAUUAACUUUCCUCCAUGUUUUACAGGAGCCGGUUCUUCUGGUCAUUUGAUCGCAUAUUAUCCCUCAAUUUCAUCCUCUCUGGUGUGCACGCCAGAACUCUCCCAGACCCACAAUGUCCCCUAACCUCCUGCAAGGAAAGGUUUUGUGGGGGAAAUAUAAUUCUCUAUUAUUCACUAGCACAGGCAUUUUGAAAUAUCAGAGAGGUUCCUUUGCCAGGAUUGUUGAUUGAAAUCAAGCCCAUACCCAAGAGUCUUCCCUCUACUGGUACUUGUAUUCUGGAAGUUUCUAUCAAGGAGGGGUUUGGUGUCGGUGAGGCACUGAGAAACACACAGCACUCAGGCUUUGUUGGGGACCCUAUGAUAUGUUCUGCAGCUGUAGCAACAACACUGAGGCAGGGGGAUGACCACCUGGAAGGUGCUCUGGGAAGGUCAGGUUAGGUCUUAUUUGUUGUGGGUGUAGUGGUGCUGCUGCCUCAGCCUUCCCUACAGCCUGCUUUAUACACAGAGGGAGACUUGGAAGGCUAGCAGGAGCCUGAGCUCUCUACUAAGCCUUGAGGGUGUUUUAGCGACCAGACUUGCCUGAAAUAGUAACAGCUGUUUGUAACACUCCAGGGUUUAGCUCACCCUGCAAACCAUACAAUGGUAUCCAUACCUUCAAGGACAUGGAUACAUGUUUGUGUUACUUUCACGAUGCUAUCUUGUUUCCUUUUGAUAUCCACUCAUUUGCUUCUUGGCUUUCUUUGGCGUGGCUCUGUUGUGCAUAUAGCCUGUGAUAUUAAGCUACAGCAUGCCAUUAAGUUUUCCAGAGGUCGCUUAGUUUGUGUCACCUGAACAUAUGAUUCUUUUUUUUUUUUUUUUUUUUUUUUUGUUGGAACUUUGGGUUGGAACCCCUUUCAGGACUCUAUGCUGUUUAAAUUUCUCAUGCAAGCUGUUUCUAGUAAAAGUUUGAAUAUUUUUAAAUUUC